AUGACCGAGUCAAGUUUGUCUUCCGCUCAAGUGGACUUGAGCCCUCAUGUGACAAUCCAGCCUCCUCUUUCUCGCUGUGGACACGGUCCAGGACUGAUUCUCAUUCGACCUCUUUGUUACGCGACAUGUCAGCAGCAAAACAAGACGCUUGAUCCAGAACCCCUCAAAAAAUGGGCAGAGGAAAGCUUUACAGUGGCGCAGAUUACCGUGGAUGAGAAGUCUGCCAUUGAUAUAUCGUCUCUACGAGAGCUUCUUCAAGAAGCUGAGCGUGGCUUAACAGAGAGGCUAGAGUGCGACACGAAGGAGAAGCUUGGAUUGAUAGUGUACGGAUCAAAGGAAGAUUAUGCUCCCCAGUUUGAGGGCAGUCUGCAAGGUGCACUAGUUCAAGGCACAGCUCUGAUCGCCGCAGUAUUUUUCGAUUCUUGGAACAUUCCAUUCUUCCAGUCAACCCUUUUCCAGCUGUCUAGCCCAAUAAAAGGUGAGAAGAAGGAAGAGGAAGGAAAAACCACACACAUAUACUCCAACGUAUCCGCUCCCAGCUUCAUGAUCCCCGGCCACCCCGAUUUCAAGAUAUCGACAGCAGGAGUAGCUCACACGCGGAGUGUCGGAUUUGUUAAAAAGCACAUGGGCGGCCCAUUUUUUGACCUUGAGAAGAUCUGGGACGAGCACACGUAUUAUGAAUUUGAAGUGCGCUCGGUCGAAAAGACAAUGGCGACGAUGGUCUCGGAGCCUUACGUGAACCAUGUGCCAACUCUAACAGGAGGCAUUGGACGAGCUCGUUUAAGUCACUUUUAUCUCAAUCACUUCAUCUUCAACAACCCCGAUGAUACAGCCUUGGAGCUUAUUAGUCGGACAGUCGGCACCGACCGUAUUGUGGACGAGUUUAUAUUUGUCUUCACUCAUGUGAAGGAGAUAGACUGGAUGAUCCCCGGAAUUCCUCCUACGGGCAAUCACGUUCGCGUUCCAUUUACAUCUGUAGUCAACAUCCGCGGAGAUCGCUUAUUUCAUGAACACAUUGCAUGGGACCAAGCAACAGUACUUGUGCAGCUGGGUCUAUUACCCGAAUAUCUGCCUUUCCCAUAUGCACUGCCCGAUGGAUCUGUGCCAGCACAUGGGAAACGGUUCGAGUACCGUGUGCCAGCAGCGGGCGCCGAGAGUGCCGCGAAACUCCAGAAUGAGCAUGAAGUGCCCUCUAACCAGAUGUUCGAGUAUAAGAUCCGUGAGGUCAAUGAUUGA